UUACAAUAAAAGUUACAUCAGUUAAACUUGCAGUACCAAGACACCAGGUGUGCUCAGCCAUCCCUGCUAUGCAGCUGAAGAAAGGUGAAGAGCCGAAGUCACCUGCCUGCAAGCUGUGUCACACAGGGCAGGAGAAGGCUGCGUGCCUGAGAUAAGAAUGCCUGAUAACUCACUGACCCAUCAGUUCGUACCCUGGGGCAUCCGAGGAGGGAGAUGGAAUCGGAAUCAAAAUGACUCGGAGUGGGAGGCCUGGCAUCCUACCAUCUCCAAGAGUUUGCAGUUCUCUGGGGAUAUUACUUGCAGCCCUGUCAUUCCAGCUCUGACACCAAGGCAAGACGCUAGGUCUACAAAUACCGUCUGGGUGGCUGGUGUGAGUUCAGAGGAUACUGGGGGGGCUUAGCCCCCAAGGAAGAGGACCAGUCUUCCUCCAGUGCUACCGUCAAGAUCGCAGGGGCUCCCUCUUCCCUCCACAGACUGAACUGACAGGGAAUCCCAAACGAUGACAGAAAAGAAGGUGCUGGAGACCCCUAAGCCCUCCCCAGCAGAGACUCGGCAAAGUGGGCUACAGCGGCUGAAGCAGUUAUUCAGGAAGGAGUCUGCUGGGACAAAGGAGAUGGAGCUUCCCCCAGAGCCCCAGGCUAAUGGGGAGGCAGUGGGAGCUGGGGGUGGGCCCAUCUACUACAUCUAUGAGGAAGAGGAGGAAGAAGAGGAGGAGGAGGAGGAGCCACCCCCAGAACCUCCUAAGCUUGUCAAUGAUAAGCCCCACAAAUUCAAAGAUCAUUUCUUCAAGAAGCCCAAGUUCUGUGAUGUCUGUGCCCGGAUGAUUGUGCUCAACAACAAAUUUGGGCUUCGCUGUAAGAACUGCAAAACCAACAUCCACGAACACUGUCAGUCCUACGUGGAGAUGCAGAGAUGCUUCGGCAAGAUUCCCCCUGGUUUUCAUCGGGCCUACAGCUCCCCACUCUACAGCAACCAGCAGUACGCUAGUGUCUCUGCUGCAAAUCGUAAUGACCCUGUGUUUGAAACACUGCGCACUGGGGUGAUCAUGGCAAACAAAGAACGGAAGAAAGGACAGGCAGAUAAGAAAAAUCCUCUAGCAGCCAUGAUGGAAGAGGAGCCAGACUCGGCCAGACCAGAGGGAGGCAAAGCCCAGAAUGGAAACCCUGAAGGGGAUAAGAAGGCUGAAAAGAAGACACCUGAUGACAAACACAAGCAGCCUGGCUUCCAGCAGUCUCAUUACUUUGUGGCUCUCUAUCGGUUCAAAGCCCUGGAGAAGGACGACCUGGAUUUCCCGCCUGGAGAGAAGAUCACCGUCAUUGAUGACUCCAAUGAGGAGUGGUGGCGGGGGAGAAAGUCGGAUUUUUCCCUCCAAACUUCAUCAUUCGGGUCCGGUCUGGAGAACGUGUGCACCGGAUCGUGGUGCAGAAAGGAGAUGAAGCUGGCGGCUACGUCAAGGUCUACACUGGCCGCAAGGUGGGGCUGUUCCCCACCGACUUCCUGGAGGAGAUUUAGGUGUGCAGCCGGCGCCUGCUGGCGGGAGAGACCCGGGCCGGGUGCUGCAGGCCCAGUGGAAGCUGGAGAGGAAAUGGAGUGGAAGCAACUCUACUGCUGAGUCAGGGAGGAGCGGGAAGGCCCGCCAGAGCGAGACGGGGCUCCUGGGAAGGGACUGGUUCCCGCCCUCCUCCCUGGGCUAUGCCGUCGGAUACUGGUGCCUAGAACAGCCUCUGAGAGCUGGAAAAAAAUUGCGUUUCCACUAGGAGGCGCCCUGGGUUGCGGGGGUGGGUGGGAGGCGAACUGUUGAAUGUUGUGAAUUUAUUAAAGUUUUGACAAAAGUUA